GAAGCUGGGAGGGCCCUUCCCGGGGUUGCAUCCGAUCCACCACCGUCUCAUGACUCCCGAGCUCAAGCACCCACCAUUCCAUCCGGAAGAGCCGCUCCUCCUCCGAAUCGGACGGAAAACCGACACCAGCAACCAAAGAUUCGACAAGUGGCAGGGAAUCCAUGGCUCACGUACGAGGGGGUCAUGGAGAUUUAUCAGGGGCGAUCCGUCGUCCUCGCGCGCCAUCGCAGCAAUAAGGGGGAGCUCGUCAAUAUUCAAUGGCUUGAGCAGACUUCGGCGAGCAAGACCGUGGCUGAUACCAUAAAUCACCUCUCUCAUCACAGCUUCCCCCGUCUACUGGAAUGUUACCAACAGGGAGACCAUGCGUUCUUAGUAUGGGAGCCAGUAGAACUCUCAGUGAGUCAGAUAUUGGCGUCCCGAUGCUCGAUCACGCAGAGUGAACUGGUCGCGAUCAUCUCAGCGGUAAGGACUGAUUUUUUAUACGCUUUGAACCGUCGAGAGGCAAACAGCCGUGCUGGGGGGAUCCGACAUUUACGCGAUCGCGGAAGGGCGCUAGCCACCCUGGACGCUGACAAAAUCCUGCUCACGGACUCGGGUGAGGUAAAAAUCGCGGGGGUGGAGCAUUGUCAAAUCAGCGCAUCGGAGAUGGACGCCGCGACCCUGAAGCUAGUCGCAUUGGCCGAGAUUGUCCGAAGGCUGAUGAAGAAGAAUGGCCCUCGUUUUGCAUGGGGCGCGGAAGCCGAGAGCCUGCCGCAGCGGUUAACGACACUGACAGCCGACUCGAUAGACGAGUUUUUACGG